AUGGCGCGCUCGAGGACGGUUCGCGCCCCGACAACGGCUAGCCUUCCAAACAGCCUGCGCAUUCCCUCAACGACGCCCUCCCUCUCAAAGACCCUGGGCAAGCUAUCCAGAUCAACAUUACUGGAUCUAGCUCUAUCAUGGCUAGAAGAUCGCAACGUGGAGUCUUUCCCCCCAUACCUGCAACCCUCCGACACGAGCAACAAUGACAACGAAGAAACCCUCCCAUACCCCGCCGCUGAAACCCUCGCAGAAGUUCGAGAAGCAUACAUCGACCUCCGCGAUCGAAAGGGUGGAAAGCAAGAGAUAAUCGAACGAAUCCUCGAAGGUGACUGGCGACAUGGCAUCACCCUCCGACAACUCGCGAUGGCCGACCUGCGCUACAUGGACGACCGACCAGCAAGUCUCCGCUGGACAGCAAUGGAACUAGUCCGAGUCAACGACGUCGCAAAUUCCAAGUCAAAGAAUAUCAGCGAUACGAUAGCAAGCGCAUCAGAAGACUGGUCCUCACACAUCCCCCGCAUCCAAGCAGCCAGCUUCGUGAAAUCGCUCCACGCCGAAAUCGCCCCCCCUCGUAAAAGCACACUACCACCUCUCACGCUCCUCGACACUCCCUCUGACAUUCCUCCGAAUCUUCAUAAUCGACUCUCCCUACCAAAACCCCCGCCAACAACCAGAAAUCUUCACCGACGCAACCCCACCAGCUUAGGCGCAGGCUCACUCGCAACCGACCCACGAACACUCCAACGUCUCGUCCGCGAAGCAAUCCCCAAAGCUCUCUCCCGCCCGCACCAAAGAUUCACCCUAAAACCCACAGCCCUCGCCGCAAAGAAUCUCCAAACUCUCCUCACGCUCCGCGGACCCGGACGCUCCACCUCGUCAAACGGCGCGUUUAGUAUUUUCGCAGACGCGGCUCUGGAGGGGAGUCCGUUGGAUCCGCGCCCGUCGAACACAGUGCUAGCCGAGGAGCAUAUGCGCGGGCGAGAGGGUAUGUCUUCCAUGCAUGAUGAUAAAGAAAAUGAUACGCACAGUCACGACGAUGCGUCCAAGUCAGCGCGUCCGGCCACCAAUAAACGCCCAUCUGGUUCUGGCACUGUGACGACGACGGAGAGAGCUCUUUCGCCGGAUUCUAAGAAGAGGCGGUUAGCUGUGGAGUCUCGGUUCGGGACUGUGGGGUGCUCGAUUACGCCUGCGCCGUUAGAUCGGCUUGAUAUUCGGCUUCUGGAUUCACUGGGUGCGAAUGACGAUGACGAUCCCGAUCCCGAUCGGAACGCGGCGAAUUUGGCCCCGGCUGUAUCGGUCACUUUUACCGGGUCGGAUGUUAUUGGUGGAAUUCGAAAAUUGGCGGAACUAGGCGUUGUUGAUCCUGAGCACAUGCCUUCUUGGAUGACGGGUGAAGAAGCUGUUAGUACGGCUUUUGUUCGUGAAGGGAAGCGUCUUCAUGUUGAACGGUGA